UUGUAUUUUAUUCAGUCAUCAUGUGCAGUUCUAGAAAAUUCAUUUUCAUAUUAUUCAUUCUAUCUUGUGAUGCUGAAGAGUUGCAAUGUCCUCCUAGUAAUUCAGAAACAACUUACGUUAAGUUGAAAGAUGCUGUUUUAUGUAACUACGAUAGUUCUGUUAGGCCCGUGGCCAAUCAUCAAAAUAAAACUAAUAUAUCCUUCAAGUUCAUUAUGAAGUACUUCAAUUAUGAAAUUAUCACUAGUACUUUCAGUGUGGAUGCAUGGCUGUCGUUGUACUGGAAAGAUCAACAUUUAACUUGGAAACCCAGUGACCAUGAAAACAUUCAGAAUAUUUACCUAUAUUCGUACGAAAUAUGGACACCAGAUUUAUCUCUUUAUAAUUUAGCUAAUCAAGGAGAAGAUCCGGAAUUAAUAUCCACCACAAGAUGUAUGAUAAAUUACAAGGGAGUCGUACUUUGUGUACCACCUGUUCAUUUGGACGUCUUAUGCGUGCCAAACUUGUCAAAAUAUCCGUUUGAUAAACAAGACUGUAAAUUACGCAUAGGAUCAUGGAUGCACAAGGGGGAAGAAAUAGAUAUGGUAAUCGAUAAAAGUGUUUUAAACACGGAAGAAUUACUUCCUAAUGGGGAAUGGGAGAUCUUGGGACAUUCUACAGUGAAACAUAGAGGAAUAUACCCAUGCUGUCCAAAUAAUACGUAUCCUUCUAUUGAUGUGAAUAUAUCAAUAAAAAGAUUAGCUGGAAGUCAUGCUGCUAGUAUGGUGAUACCUUGUAUUGUAUGUGUUAUCCUGACUCUGGUGACAUUAGUAUUGUCUGCUAUAGAUAGAGAAAGACUGAUUUUAAGUUACGUUAGUCUUGUGUGUCAUUAUAUGCAAGUACAGUAUGUAUCAUGGCAGCUACCGUUGAAAGGAGACAACAUUCCACUUAUAAUUAUAUUCUCUAGAGAUUCCUUAUUGAUGUCAGUUUUUGCAUUGCUGUUCACAUUAGUUUUCAAAAGUAUCAUGUUGAAGAAAACUACGCCUCCAGGCUGGAUAUCAUGUAUCGUAUCAACAAUUAUUAAUUGUAAACCAGGACAAAUGAUUCUAUUGAGUGAUUAUACAACGAAAGAAACGGCCGCCGCUAAAGGAGAAGAAGAUGGUGAUGCAAUCGUAAAUUCAACAAACAUAGCGACGACUAAUCAAGAUUGGGAACUAUUCGGAAAACUACUGGACAAAAUAUUUUUUAUUGUGUACGUUUUAACAUACUUCGUGAUGAUCAUCUCAUUUCUACCCUGAAGUUAUCGUAGAAGAUGAUAAAGUUUCUUUCUUUUUUUUUACCGAAAUAAAAACUAUGUAAACGAAUAAAAAGUUGAAAAGAAACCAAUAAGAUAAUGCGAAAAUUGA